CUCUCUCUCUCUCUCUCUCUCUCUCUCCUCCCCUCGUCUUGAUCUACAUCCCUUCUAUUUCGGUUUCCAAUUGUCAUAUUCUCUCUCUACUUUUUUCACCACCAUAGUUCAUCAUGGCCGAGUCUCAGCGCCGCCCCCGUGUUUUUUUCGACAUUCAGAUCGGUGAGCAGAAGGCCGGUCGGAUUGCUCUCGAACUGUUCAACGAUGUCGUCCCCAAGACCGCCGAAAACUUCCGUGCACUCUCUACAGGCGAGAAGGGUGUGGGCAAGCAGGGCAAGCCAUUGAGCUUCAAGGGUUCUAUCUUUCACCGCGUGAUUAAGCAGUUCAUGAUCCAGGGUGGUGACUUCACCGCAUUUAACGGCACUGGCGGCGAGUCGAUCUACGGCGAGAAAUUCCCCGACGAGAACUUCGAACUCAAGCAUGACCGGCCUUUCCUCCUCUCCAUGGCCAAUUCCGGCCCCGGCACCAACGGCAGCCAAUUCUUCAUCACUACUGUUCCCACUCCUCACCUCGAUGGCAAGCACGUCGUGUUUGGUGAGGUGAUCAACGGAAAGAGCGUUGUCCGCAAGAUUGAGAAUCUGCCUACCCAGGCUGAUAAGCCCACCACGGAUGUCACCAUCGUCGACUGCGGCGAGCUCACCGGCCAGGAGUACGAGGAUGCCGAUAAGCAGAUUCCCGAUACCACUGGCGACCCUUACGAGGACUUCCCCGAUGACCACCAGGGCGAGCAGCUGAGUGCUCCUGUGUGCUUUAAGAUCGCCUCGGAGCUUAAGAACUUUGGAAACACGGCCUUUAAAAGCGGCAACAUCGCCAUGGGCCUUGAAAAAUACCAGAAGGGUCUGCGCUACCUCAACGAAUUCCCCGAGCCCGACGAGCAGGACCCUAAGGAGUUGGGCCCUCAGAUGAAGGCUCUCCGCUUCACCCUUCACUCCAACUCCUCCCUCCUGGCGAACAAGCUUGGCCAGUUCAAGAACGCCCAGACCUGGGCCACUUAUGCGUUGGAUGUUGCUGCGGCCGCCGAGGCCAAGGACGCCGACAAGGCCAAGGCGUACUACCGCCGCGCCGUUGCCCUGAGCGGUCUUAAGGAGGAGGAUGAGGCCCUGAACGAUCUCCAGGAGGCCGAUCGCCUGGCCCCUGGUGACGCGGGCAUCACCAACGAGAUCGCCAAGGUAAAGAAGGCUCUUAAGGACCGCCUUGCUAAGGAACGCGCGGCCGCUCAGAAAUUCUUCUCAUGAGAGACGAGGCGAAACCGUUCGUCAUGAUUCAUGAAUUCAUGAUCUAGCACCACUUCUGCUACUUGCACUUCCAGAAUAAGUGACCCAAUCUACCAUACCACCCUCAUACACUUAGUUUAAUUGUUCCGACCCUUCACGUCCUGCAAUGACCACAUGAGUGCAGCCACGUUCUUCCGCAAUAUUGACCUUGCGAAAUUCGUAGCUCAUUGCCCUGGUGAAUGACGCCCGUUGGGGCCUCUUUACCUGCACUAAUACCGGCACUGGCGUCUCCUGCGAAUCUUACAUCGCGAUCAUGACCAUACAACAACAAUUUAAUCGGAAUAUUCUGGCUAAAGUAGAAGGAAAUGAAAC